ACAACACAGGCGCCAUAAAUCUCAAGGAUCUAGGUUUAUUAUUUAAAAAAUGUUUUAUUUAUUCAUUUUAUUUUUUCGCUGUGUCUCAGGAGGUUCCUGUCCGAGCAAAGGGUUUGUAGUCACAAUCAGGUCCGGUUUAAAAGCUCGCGUAAACACGGCUUCUCCCGCGUCGCGUCGCGUCUCGCUCGCGCUCUCUCAGCGGAGACUCUUCCAUCACAGUCACGGUGGACACGUCAGAGAUCAUCACGCGUUUACACGAGAGAGUGCGUCCGGUCGGAGACCCUCUGUCCUACUUUUGUUGCCCAAUGCUGCUGCGCGUGGAGGAUGAGGAGGCAAAUCCCGGAAUGUCCUCGCGGAUGGAUGCAGCUGUUGUUGUAGUUCCGCUGGAUAGAGUCGCGUGAGUGAAUCGGGAAUCAAUCGAUAGAUAGAUAGAUAGAUAGAUAGAUAGAUAGAUAGAUAGAUAGAUAGAUAGAUAGAUAGAUAGAUAGAUAGAUAGAUAUUAUUCAUCCCAUGAGGGACACCGGAGGACACCUUUGGAAGGACUUCUAAGCACCGGAGAAGAGAGAAGGGGGUCCACUCAGUGCCGACCGGAGCGUGAUGGACCCCCUGGCCGACAUACGCGCGUCUCAGGCGGAGCGCAGCAGCAGAGGAGCCGCCGGUGGGGAAUCAGCGGACGAGCAGAAACGCGGCUGCGGGAGAGACGCGGCGAUGAGCGGCAGCGACAGUCUGAGCAGCUUCGCCGACAUGGAAGACUCGCUGGAGGACAAGCUCAAAGGUCUGGCGUUUAGGAAGCAGAUCUCGUACAGGAAAGCCAUCUCCCGGUCAGGCCUCCAGCAUUUGGGUCCUGCCCACAGUCCCUUCCCUGCCCUGAGCAAUGGACCGGCCAAGGAGCUUCGCAGCACAGUGGACUGGAGCGAGAAUGCAGUGAAUGGUGACCACCUGUGGCUGGAGACUAAUUGCUCCGGUGAUCUCUGCUACCUGGGUGAAGAGACAUGCGUGGUCAAGAUUGCAAAGUCAGCUCCCCGGAGGAAGUGUGCAGCCUGUAAGAUCGUGGUCCACACGGCGUGUAUCCAGGAGCUGGACAAGAUCAACUUCCACUGCAAACCCACCUUCAGAGAGGGCGGCUCUCGUUGCCUUAGAGAUAAUGAACCCUUGUUGGCACGUUUACAUGUGACCCGUUGUGUCUGUUUGCGACAGCAGAACGUUUUGAGACAUCACUGGGUCCAUCGCCGGCGACAGGAGGGGAAAUGUCGUCAGUGCGGAAAAAGUUUCCCGCAGAAGUUCUUCCACAGCAAGGAGAUUGUGGCCAUCAGCUGCUCCUGGUGCAAGCAGGCAUUCCAUAACAAGGUCACAUGCUUCAUGCUACAUCAGAUCGAGGAGCCGUGCUCGCUAGGAGCUCACGCCGGGGUCAUCGUACCCCCUUCCUGGAUCAUCAAAGUCAGGAAACCGCAGAGCUCAUUUAAAAACUCCACUCGAAGAAAAAAACGGACGUCGUUCAAAAGAAGAGCCAGCAAAAAGGGGACGGAUGAAUCAAAAUGGCGUCCGUUCAUGCUGAAGCCGCUGCCCUCUCCGCUGAUGAAGCCAGUGCUGGUGUUCGUCAACCCCAAGAGUGGAGGAAACCAGGGGACGAAGCUGCUGCAGAUGUUCAUGUGGAUCCUGAACCCUCGGCAGGUGUUUGAUUUGUCUCAGGGAGGGCCCAGAGAAGCGCUGGAACUAUACAGGAAAGUGCCAAAUCUUCGCAUCCUUGCCUGUGGAGGAGACGGAACGGUGGGCUGGAUCCUCUCAGCCUUAGAUGAACUACAAAUGAACCCACAACCUCCUGUAGCCGUGCUUCCUCUUGGUACAGGAAAUGACCUUGCCAGGACACUGAACUGGGGAGGGGGUUACACAGACGAGCCGGUGUCGAAGGUGUUGUGUCACGUGGAGGACGGGACGGUGGUGCAGCUGGACCGCUGGAAUCUGCAGGUGGAGCGAUCUGCGGUUCAGCCAGAGGAGGGAACACAGAAGCUUCCUCUAAACGUGUUCAAUAACUACUUCAGCCUCGGCUUUGAUGCCCACGUCACUCUGGAGUUCCACGAGUCCAGGGAAGCCAAUCCCGAGAAAUUCAACAGUCGCUUCCGUAACAAGAUGUUCUAUGCAGGGGCGGCUUUCUCCGACUUCCUCCAGCGGAGCUCCAGAGACCUGUCCAAGCACGUCAGGGUGGUGUGUGACGGUACAGAUCUCACACCCAAGAUUCAGGAACUGAAGUUUCAGUGCAUCGUCUUCUUGAAUAUUCCCAGGUACUGUGCAGGUACCAUGCCGUGGGGCAACACGGGCGACCACAGAGCUUUCGAGCCUCAGAGGCACGACGACGGCUGCAUCGAGGUGAUCGGCUUCACCAUGGCCUCGCUGGCGGCGCUGCAGGUGGGAGGUCACGGCGAGCGGCUGCAUCAGUGCAGAGAGGUGGUCCUCACCACCUUCAAGACGCUGCCGGUGCAGGUGGACGGAGAGCCGUGCCGCCUCGCGCCCUCCACCCUCCGCAUAUCUCUGAGGAACCAGGCCAACAUGGUGCAGAAGAGCAAGAGACGCACAUCUGUGCCGCUGCUCAACGACAUUCAGAAAGUGUGCGCAGCUGACCUGCGCCGCCUCUCUGCUCCCCCCGACUCCUUCUCUGUCCCUCAUGCCGUGCCUGAACGUCUGCGUCUGCGCGUGAACCGCAUCGUCCUGCAAGAGUACGAGAGCAUGCAGUUCGACAAGGAGCGUCUGCGAGACAUCUCUACUCCUGUUGGCAUCGUGGUGGUGAGAGGAGACUGUGACCUGGAAACCUGUCGACUGUACAUUGACAGACUGCAGGAGGAUUUGCAUCAGGCUCCCUCUAGUGGUCACAGAGUGCACUACCAGGAUGAGAGCGCAGGUCUGCCGCGGCCCAGUUCAGCACACAGACUUUCACCCAGCUGGAGCUUCCUAGACUCUACAUCAGCUGACCGCUUUUAUCGCAUAGACAAGGCUCAGGAGCACCUGCACUUCGUGACCGAAAUAUGCCAGGAGGAGGUUUUCAUCCUGGACCACGAGGCUCCAGCGGUGAGCCAGGUCCAGGUCCCUGGGAUGCCAGAUGUGGUGGUGGAGCCCAGUUCUGGGGCUUCCCUGACCUCAGGCGAACAAGCUCUCCUGUCGGCUGCUGAUAAAGGAGACGUGGAGGUGGUGUCGGGCUCCUGCACCAGCGGGGUCAGUCUGUUGGUGCGGGACUCUAUGGGAUGCAACGCUCUGCACCUGGCCGCCCAACAUGGCCACACGGAGAUCGUGAGUUUUAUUCUAGAGCACGGGUCAAAGCUGAUGUUGGAUUUAACUGACAGAGACACAGGCGACACCGCACUGCACAAAGCAGCAUCUCGGCAGCAUGUGGAGGUGUGCAAACGUUUGCUGGAGGCCGGAGCUUCCCUCAGCAAAACGAACUUCCUAGGAAAAACUCCCAAGGAUUGUGCCCUGGACGCUGGGAACUCAGAGUUGGCGUCCCUCAUGGAGAGGCAGCCGGUGGAGGAGCCGGCGGCGCACGAGGAUCUAGAGACGGUUGUAUGAACGGGCUCAUGAGUCAGAGUCAGGAAGAUUUUUCCCCACAGAAAGUGGCUGUCGACACUCCUCCGAGCAUCUGCUCGCACUCGCAGAGACAGAACGGGAGAGAGUGAGAGAAGAAAGACAAAGAGGGAGGUGAAUCGAGAGCGCCUCGGGCUAAGAGAGUCCUCGGGAUCAUGUCUAGCUGUUGUUUUUCCACUAAUGUCACUGUGGGGUUUCAGCAUUUAUUUAUUGCUCUUAUUUAUUAUAACUAUUUAUUCAAAGAUGGAUUGGGUUUUGUUGCGUCACAGGUUAGUUUAAGAGACAAAAGAUGUUUAAACAUGCCAGAGAUUGAAGCUUUCAUGCAUCAUGUUGUGUGCCAAAGUCACACAGAGAGGAAGAACAUCAUCUGAAGGAAGAUACUGAGUUUGAUUAAAGGAGGAUCUUCUUCAGAGACACAAUCAUUGCAGAGAUUUUAAACUCAAACUACAGAUGUUUCACGUUUUGUUUGUGUGCCGUUACAGUGGAGUGAUUGUGAAAUUACCUUACAACAACGAGAGAAGAUCUGAGCCAUAUUCAAUGCAAUAUGAAUGGAUGACAUUUGUGCAUUUAUCUAUUUAAUAUUACAUUACAUUAAUGUUUCAAGACGAGCAAAGGAACCGGAUGUGUUUUUCCACUGAUGGCAGCUGAUUGGUUUCUGAAAUGCCAAGUUUAGCUGAGAAUGACUAAACCAAAUGAACGCUGCUGAGAGUUAAACGUGGUAUUUUGAACAUAUGCUUAGUCCAUGUCAAAUCACUCAUGACGGAAAUGCCCAGCGACGUGUCUGCAUGAAAAGCGGAUCACGCUGAGCCUUUGUGAGAUCCAUUUACAUACGAGUGAUCUGCUGUGUUAUCUUCUAAUAUUUUAAAGCAUUAUUGUGCAUGGAAAUUUUCGUUACCUCUCUGGAUGUUUCUACCCCUCAGUGAUUAUGUAACGAAAUGGCAUUAUUUCUUUUUGUAAUUUUAAGUUAUACUGUAUGAAAAACAUGAAAUUGUUCAGUGGUUGUAUUUUUCUUUUUUUUCUUUUUUAAUCUUUUAAAAGAUGGGGACGACUUGAAUGUUUUAGUUUUUUUUCAAAUUCCUAAAUAUCUAUUUUAGGUGUGUAUGAGGUCAGUGGGUGAGCAGAUGUGAAGGUUAUGUGGAGAUGUGACAGAUAUGAUGGUGCACGAUCGCAAAACUGGGAAUGUUUCUCAUUAAAGGCAUUCAGAUGGAAA